AUGGAUGGUCUACCUCAAGACCUAUGCUGUGAAUGUACUGCAUUGCUAAGGAAGUCAGUUCGCUUCAAAAAGCAAGUCUUAAAAGCACAAGCCAUUCUCUACGACUACCAUAAUAGAUGUGCACCAUUUGCCAUUGAUGGUAAAGACCCAGAGCUAUUGAAAUAUUCAAAGAGCAAUUUAACGGAAACCAAAACACUUAUAAUAAACACAUCUAGUGCUAAGAACAAACUAGGAUUUCAUACAGUACUAAAGCAUGAAAAACAAAUUAAAAAAUCCCUCUUGGACAAUGUACAACUGGAAUUGAGUCAAAACAAUGAUGAUGAUUGGGGCUUGGAUGUCAAAAAUGAAGAUCCAUCAAAUUUUGAUGACCUCUCCAUGCAUGAAGAUUAUGAUGGAAAUAAGGAUACUGAAGAUUCCUAG